AUGUCUAGGUGGACCGUCGAAAGAAGCAACAAGCGUACCAGAACAACGACAACGACGCGGACGGGCGGCGGUGCGGACGAGAAACACGGCGGCAGAGGAAGAGGCAAGAGCAAUGAUUUUGCGUGGACGUCAGGUUCGGGGUAUUCGUCUCCGGUGACAACGUGGACGGCGGGAUCUCCCAUGGAUAACAACCAAUUCAGCAAUCCCGCUCAGUUCGAAGACUUGGACUUUCCACGAGAGCCUCAGUCAGGUCUUUGUUUGGACUCAAGGAAGAUGUAG